AUGCCCCCAUUGAUCUCUCCCGAAGCUUCUCGACCGGCCAGUCAGGUCGCUCCUCCCGCUGUUGAUCCGGCCAGACCUGCGGAUUACCAUCUCUUUGACGACAGAGUAAGAGCCAUUGAGGGUUUCUCUUCCUUUGGCAUAGAUGCUCGAGACCUCUGCGUGGUCUCGAAUGUGGUGUUACCCCAGAAAUUCAAGGUGCUUGACCUUCCCAAAUACAAAGGCCUUAACUGUCCCCACAGUCACCUCACUAUGUACUGCAGGAAGAUGGCUUCACACAUUGAUAAUGACAACCUCUUGAUUCAUUGCUUCCAAGAUAGCCUGGUUGGGGCCUUCUUGGAUUGGUACAUAAGUCUGGAGCAUUCAAAGAUUCGGUCAUGGAGGGACCUCUCCGAGGCAUUCUUGAAACAAUAUAAGUACAACCUUGACAUGGCUCCGACAAGGCUUCAAUUACAGAAUCAGUCACAAAGAUCUAAUGAAACCUUCAAGGAAUAUGCUCAACAUUGGCGCGAAAUGGCGUCUAGGGUUCGGCCAGCAUUAUCUGACAACGAAUUGGUGGACAUCUUCAUGGGUACGCUGCAAGGGCUGUAUUUUGAAAAGAUGAUUGGCAGUUCAUCAACAAAUUUUGCUGACAUGGUAACUAUUGGGGAACGUGUUGAAAGUGAGUUGAAAUAUGGGAAAAUAAUAGACACGGCCGCACAGCAGACAACCAACAAGAGAGCGCAUGGGGGCUUUGCUAAAAAGAAGGAGGGGGAAGCAAACACUGUAAUGGCGAAGGCUCGCCCCCGAUAUCAAUUUUCGAUGGCCCCUAUGCCGUAUUAUCCGUAUUCGUACGUCGCCGCAGCUCAAUACCAACAGCAGCCUUUCCAGUAUCAGCCGCAGAAAGUCAAUCAAUAA